AUGCUGGAAGGACCCACCAACACCACCUUCCCAGAUGGCUUCAUCCUGUUGGGGUUCUCAGAUAAACCAGGACUGGAAAUGACCCUCUUCGUGCUGGUGUCCAUCUUUUACAUGGUCACCCUCGGGGGCAACAUCACCAUCAUCCUGCUGUCCCACCUGGACCCCCAGCUCCACACCCCCAUGUACUUCUUCCUCAGCCAGCUCUCCGUGCUGGACCUCUGCUUCACCACCAGCUGCAUCCCCCAGAUGCUGGUCAACCUGUGGGGCCCGGACAAGACCAUCAGCUACCUGGGCUGUGCCGUCCAGCUCUACAUCUUCCUGGGGCUGGGGGCUGCCGAGUGCGUGCUGCUGCUGGUCAUGGCCUUCGACCGCUACGUGGCCGUGUGCCGGCCCCUGCACUACGCUGUCAUCAUGCACCCCAGGCUCUGUCACAAGCUGGCCUUCCUUGUCUGGGUCAGUGGGAUUUUUGACACCUUGGUCCAGUCCCCCUCCACCAUGAAGCUGCCCUUCUGCCCUCACCACCGGGUGGACGAUUUUCUCUGUGAGGUCCCUGCCCUGAUCCGCCUGGCCUGCGGGGACACGCACGUCAACGAGCUCCAGAUAUCCGUGAUCGGCGGCACCUUCCUCCUGGGGCCUCUCCUGCUCAUCCUGGUCUCCUACGGACGCAUCGCCCAGGCAGUGCUGGCCAUCCAGUCCCAGGAGGGCAGGAGCAAGGCCUUCCGCACCUGCUCCUCCCACCUGGUGGUUGUCCUUCUCUUCUACUGCACCGCAACCGCCGUCUACAUCCGACCCCGGAGCCAUUUCUCCCAGAAAGCAGGGAAAUUCCUCACCCUUUUCUACACGGUGGUGACCCCCACGCUCAACCCCCUCAUCUACACCUUGAGGAACAAGGACGUGAAGGGGGCUGUCAGGAGACUCUUGGCGAAAGGCAGGCAGGCCGGGGAGGACUGA